AUGACCCGGCUGUCCGGCCUCAAGCGCUUCGCGCGUACUCAAUUGGAACGGAUAGACGUGCAGCUUCCUCUUGCAACCUGGGAGAGAGUAGCUGAUCCUGUGAAAUUGAACGCGAUCUUCAGUGAAAGAGAAUGGAAAUUGGAAUCCCCGGUUGCCAAUCUGACCGAGCCUCGGCAAGACUGGAUUCACUGGUUCGCGUGCGAUCCGCUCGACGACACCAUGGUGGAAAUCUUCUUCGAAAGAUUCCAGACGGGAGUGGCCAAGGUCUGGAUUCACCUGAGAAUCCAAGGCCGUUCCCUUCGCCUGUUUCCGAAGUUCUACAAAGACAACAGCGAAGGGCACGCAUACAGCGCCGGGGGAAUUCGUUUGGAGUGUAAUGCGCCGUUCAGAAGAUGGCGCGUGACUUUCAACCUGAUGAUGGAGGAUCCUGCCGCGGAAGAAACAGUCCACGUGCGUCUGGGUGCCCAGGUUGCCAUGACAGGUCAUACGAUGGAGCUGCCGAAACAAGUCCGACCGUCUUUCCUGGCUCGAAGUUUCCUCAAAAAGGGAACGCCCGACGAAGCGAAGAAUGAAAUAUCAAAAUGCUGCACCGAAUGUCAAACGAUAUGUCAGCCUAACUCACUCUUCUCUGAGAUAAUCAUUGAUGGCGAGCGACAUGAGGGUAUGCUGUUCGGGUCCCGUCUCAAGUUUUUCGGUAGUUCGAACAUGCUGCGAAAUGCUGAAGUACACGUCGGCUAUGCUGUGAAUGGAACGACAUUCACAGCAAUCAAAGCAGAUGAAAAAGCGUACGGAUACUACUGUGAGCCGGCGAAUUACUUACAACCGAUUCGUAAAACGAGAUGGACAUCGCAAACACCGCCGACGCUCAUCAUAGAACUCGACGGUCAGAAACACGAGCUCAGAAUGAGCGCUCAGAUUCCUCCCUAUGAAUUGGGUAGCCUCAAGUUGGCUAGCAAGACUUUCGAACUGCGAAGCACUGUGUUGGACCUCAGGAGCAGCCUGAGCUUGAACGAAGAAAACUUGAAUGUUUGGAAGCUGCUGCAGUUCUCAAGCCACCGUACUUCCCAUCUACUCCUCACAACGUCGGAUGUCGACUGCAAGAACCCCAAACUCACCGGAGGGAAAGGCAGCUCUUUGGCUGUGCUGAACGAUGUCUCGAAACACUUGAAAACGUUCACGGUACCCUCCGGUAUCGUCCUGACAGUGAACGCAUAUGAGAUGUUUUCUGAAACUCCGGAGGUCUCCAAGGCCAUCGGAACUUUCCUUGAAUCGUCCAAAACGUCCGACCUGGCUGCUCUGAAGAGCGCUUCAGAUACUUGUGUUGCCACAAUUUCGAAAGUCGAUCUUCCCGCUCCAAUCCAUGCCCUUCUGAUUGAGAAACUUCAAGACGUGUUCGGCUACGAUUGCUUCUCGAGGAAGUUCGCCGUGAGAUCGUCGGCUGUGGGCGAGGACUCCGAAGAGAUGUCGGCGGCUGGACAGAUGACGACGUAUCUCGGAGUGAAGGGGGAAACGAAGAUUUCCUCGGCCGUGGUGAAGUGCUGGGCUUCACAAUUCGCUCUGACCGCUGUCAACUAUAAACGUCAAUACGGACAAGUUCUGAAUGGUUCGAUGGCGGUUGUGGUGCAAGAAAUGGUCAGCGCAGAGAUAGCCGGGGUGAUGUUCACCUGUGACCCGACAACCUCGGACCCAUCCAAAAUAUUCAUCACUGCGAACUACGGACUCGGCGAGUCUGUUGUCUCUGCAACGGCUGAUCCCGAUACCUACUCCUUGCGACGGAAGGGGACCGAGGUCGCUCUUCUUGAGAAAUCGUGCGGCGCAAAAGAUCGCAUGGUCGUCGAGCUGGAAUUCGGUAACGGAACCGAAGAUAAAACCAUCGCGGCGGACAAGGCGAAGAGUUUCUGUCUGACGGACGAGCUUGCCGUGAGGCUGGCUUCGAUCGGAGCCUCGUUAACGGAUAUCACCGAUACUCCUCGCGAUAUCGAAUGGGCGAUCGUCAAAGGUGGAAUUUAUUUACUUCAAUCACGCCCAGUGACGUCUUUCCUUCGCGAGAGUGACUUCGAAAUCAGGCAUGACUGUAACUCUGGAUUCUACACAAAUCGCGAGAUCUUGAGUCGCGCCAACCUCGACGAAGUGAUGCCAGGCGUCUUUUCUCCUCUGGGUAUCUCGAUCGUUAGCCACUUGCUCUUCGCGGCGGUGAAUAAGAAGAAUGCCGAGUGGGGAGGCACAGAUCCUAGUCAGUUCGCAGACCUGCAAAACAGCAUAUGCGCCAAGAGAUCCUUUAUGAAUUUCUCUCAAAAAGGUUUGGCCGAAGACAAGACAGUAAUCAGGACAUGCGGAAUUACCAUGUUCGGCUAUGAUAUACGGGAGCACGAAGCCAUCAAAAAUGGUAUCGUUCAUGGAGGCUCAGUCUCGGGCCUUGCUUUUCUCAAGAACCUAGUCGGCGCCUUGUGGAAUAUGGAGAACACGGUCAGGGAGGUCCGAAAACGAGCAGGAGAACUGACCGUCGACGUCCCGGAAGAUGGGGACGCCUUGAGCCAAUUUUUGAGCAUUAUUUGUCAGGUUCCGAAGAUGGACUUCUUUCUGCAUGGACUCAUGAGGGCUUCUGUGCCAUCCGGUAUCUACAACAUGAUCAUUUUGGACUUGGUGAAAAAAAGUCAGGGCUUGUCGGACUUUUGCCCCGAACUCAUGAUCCUCUUAUCGAAACUUCUGCGAUCCGACCUCGAGGUGGAGAGCGCGCACAUCCCAACGGAGCUCACGGCACUCUCGAAUCUGCUCAGAGAAGACCCAAUGGCGGAGCGGUUCGUCUCGAUGGCUCCCGAGGAAGCGUUGGCAUGGCUUGAGGCGGACAGCGGUUCAGCCGCUGAUCAAUUCAGAGCGAUACGGUCAAAACACGCUCACCGUUGCUACAAGGAAUUCGACAUUGAGUCGAAAACCUGGGACAUCGAUCCCAUUCCUCUGGUACAAACGCUGCAAGCCACCGUUCGGUCACCGGAGCAGAACGAUCCAAAGAAGGAUGAGGAAACCCUCUCCGUGCAUCAAUUAGCCAAGCGACCGUCCUUCAUGCAGCGGAAGAUCCUGAAUUUUUUGAUACCUCGAGCAAAAUACGCAGUCUACGCAAGAGAGGCUACGAAAUCCGCUCUGAUCAAGAGCAUUCACGGAAUUCGUCUAGCGAUGCGCCGCUUGGGGUUGCAACUCCAAGCCGAGGGAAGGCUACCGGAUCCGGAGCUGAUAUUCUUCCUUACGAGCGAUGAGCUCUACAGACUAAUUACAACGAGAGAUCCCAGCCUACUUCCGAGAGCCCGCCGGAGACAGAAGAUGCAUCCCUCACUCAACAGAGAGCGAUUUCCAGUCCUCUGCUGUGGCAUGCCGAAACCCAUCGACUCCUCGACAAUUUCCGCGGACCCGGAUGCAGAAGGUCUCCAAGGCACUCCCGUGAGUCAAGGCGUGGUCGAGGGACCCGCCCGAGUCAUUCUCGAUUUCGUAAGUCAGGCGCAUGAGAUCAAGAAAGGAGAAAUUCUCAUCACUCGAGCGACAGAUACAGGAUGGACUCCUUAUUUCCCGCUUCUCUCUGGAGUUGUCACCGAAGUCGGUGGUCUACUCUCUCAUGGCGCUGUGGUCGCCAGAGAGUAUGGCCUACCGGCGAUCGUCGGACUCAUCGGUGUCACUGACAUCAUCAAAUCCGGAGACAUAGUCUUAUUGGACGGGAACAAAGGGACACUACACAGGUCCAUUUAUCCCGAGAAAGCGGAUGACAUGGGAAUCUCCUCUCAAGGGCGGGAACACGCCACGAUGAAAGAGGACCGCAAUUUGACUGCCCGGGAGGGCGGAUGGCUCCGGAUGAUUAUGAAAUCAGGACUCCUCUACGUGUCCUCGUCAUCAACGACUCGCAUCCCGGAGGAGCUCAUAGAAUAUCGGUGCAUUCCGGAGAGUCGGGGUUUCCUGAAGUAUUUCUUGUAUUCCAUCAUCGAGCGGAGGCCGUCCACGAAGAGCGUAGACAUGACCACGCUACACGAGAUCACCUGCUAA